UCCGUUGAAUUCCGAGACUUCUUUAUCGCAGAUGAGCUCAAUAGUUUGGCUUAUUCAUUCUGGACGUUGGCCUACUUUUUUUGUGCCUACAGCUGGCAUUGGGAAGAUUUGGGUGCACACUGCUCUGUUAUGCAGAUGUGGUCAACACCAGUCCUUGCCUCAGUUCCCGCUUGGUGGCGUCUGUUGCAGUGCAUACGACGUUACAAAGACUCUAGUGAAUUUGUACAUCUCCAAAACGGGUGCAAAUAUAUUACCAGUAUUGCAGCAGCAAUGACAACGGGAACCAGACGUAUAUAUCGUAAGUCUACAACUUGUGUACUAUAUUAUUUCUUGAUUACUUAUCUAUUCUGUUUGAUAGCAUUUCUUUGGUUAAAGAUCCUGUGGAUUGUGGCCUGUUCGAUCAAUUCAGCGUACACAUCUAUCUGGGACAUUAAGAUGGAUUGGGGACUUUUGAGACCAAACAGUAGACAUUAUUUGUUGCGCAAUGAACUAGUGUUUUACAAAUGGGCUUACUAUGUGGCUGUGCCUAUUAAUGUUUUGCUUAGAUUUGCAUGGACUUUAAACCUGGCAAACUUUGCGAUUCAUCCUCAAUUACUUGGAUUUAUUCUUGCAGUAGUUGAAGCACUUCGACGCCUGCAGUGGAACUUUUUUCGUCUUGAGAAUGAGCACCUAAAUAACUGCGGUGCCUAU